AGCGCUGAAUCACGUCUAACGGAGCAGCUUUACCGGGACUAAAUCAAAAUGCCUGCAAAUAAAGAGGAUGGCGGAUGGAAGAAGCUUUUGUGGGAUUCGGAGAAAGGAGAGGUGCUCGGUCGCACUGGAGGCAGCUGGUUCAAAAUUAUAGGAUUCUACAUCAUUUUCUAUGGUUGCCUGGCUGGGAUCUUCAUCGGCACCAUCCAAGCCCUGCUGCUUACCCUCAGCAACUACAAGCCCACCUGGCAGGACAGAGUCGCACCCCCUGGCCUUUCACACACCCCACGAGUAGAGAAAGGGGAAGUGUCCUUCAACCUCAACGACAUUGAGACCUUCCUGCCUUACACCAGAGCCUUGAAAGAUUUCCUGACCAUGUAUGAUGAUGAAAACCAGCGGGACCAGAUGAAAUAUGAGGACUGUGGAGAGGAACCUGCUGAGUACAAGAACAGGGGUGACUUGGAGAGCGAUGUGGGCAUCAGGAAGGCCUGCCGUUUCUCCAGGAACCUGUUGGGAUCUUGCUCUGGCCUCACUGACCGCGAAUUUGGUUUCAAGGACGGCAAACCCUGCAUAAUUGUAAAGCUCAACAGGAUUGUCAACUUCUAUCCAAGGCCUCCUACCUCUAAUGAAAGUAUCCCUGAAGAGGCUCAACCCAAGGUGCAGCCCAAUGUGAUCCCCAUCUUCUGCAGUAGCAAGAAAGAGGAGGAUGCUGGUAAGAUUGGUGAGAUUAAGUACUUCGGCCUCGGUGGCGGCUUCCCCCUGCAGUACUACCCAUACUAUGGCAAGCUGCUCCACCCUCAGUACUUGCAGCCGCUGGUGGCGCUGCAAUUUACCAACCUGACCCUGAACACUGAACUGCGCAUCGAAUGCAAAGUGUUUGGCGACAACAUCGACUACAGUGAGAAGGACCGCUACCAGGGACGCUUUGACCUCAAGAUCCAGGUUAACAGUUUAUGACCAUCAUCAGGACUGUAGCACUUUUCCUGACCGGCCCUCCCCCGCUCUGCCCUCUUUGUCCUUAACAAAAAAACCAAUAUAAUGUAGGCGAUAAGUGAGGGGGUAGGCUUUAGCGGUUAAGUCAAUCACAACUAGUCUUGAAUGAAUGAAUAAAUUAAACAAAAAACCUGAUAGAGGACAGAUCUGUCUGCUUUCAUCACUAGCUUCUACACUUCUGUCUAGCGUUAGAAUGUAAUUUAGAGGAAAAGUAGCAAUGGGCUUAAUAAUAAUAUUUAUUCUGCUGUAAAUGAGACUUUUCCACAAGCCAUGGGACAUUGUUCAUUGAUGACUGUAAAGUGUAAUUCCAUUUCGUGUGCAAGCUCUGUUGUCCCCUCUGCAUAUCGCUGCCUUGUGUGGUUGCAGUAUAUAUUUUUGGAGUGAGCAGUAGUUGAAAAACCUGGUCCUUCCAAACCAUGCUGUUCCUCAUUUUCCAAGCUUUAGCAGUUGUAGGUGCAUGUGUGUUGAGCAUAAACACACACUCAGACUCACUGAUUUGAAAUAGUUUGACAUAGUUACACUCUUCUGAUCGGUGUAAUAAAAAGGCUGCACUCCAGGGAACUUCUUUCCUCUUUUUUUUUGUCUUUUACAUCUGAUCAUGGGAGACUUUACUUUUCCAGUUUUCUUUUUGUGCUUUGUUAAAUCACUUAAAUGUGUGAAGGGGUUUUAUUACUUGGUUUCAUGCCUUUUACUUUUGAUUUUGCCUUGAAUGUAGAGCUGUGCGUCCGGCCUGUUAGACACUUUGACCUUGUGUAAGGGGAACGGUGCUAACUCUUAAGUUUUUGUUUUUGUUUUUUUUGUUGGAUUCAUCACAGCAUUGUGGUGUAACUCUCUGAAUGUUUUUGCCAUUAAACAUGGUGGAAGAAUUUUAUAUUUAUGCAGUUGUACGUUUUCUUUGCAGAAUAUUGUAAUGUAUAAAUGCAAUACCAAAGUGACAAGCUGAAGAGAGUCUUUAUCAGAAGCAAUGCAGUACUUGUUUUUAGGAUCUUAUCAUGUUAAGUGCUAAAGUCAAUGUCUUGCCUUGGCAACCUUUUAAUGGUUAACUUGAUUUGUGUUUUGGCCAUGAACGUAGUUAGGUUUAGAGUUAACCGGUAACAGGCAGUUGAAUUCCACAAUGACUUGAUCUUCAUGCAUUUAAAAAAAAAAAAGAUGAGUUCUCAGAGAGCUCAGUGGCUUUAGAUAAUUAAUGAUGUUGGCAAUAUUCCUUAGGAUUUCAUGUUGAUGUAAAACACUCAACUUGAACUUAAACAUACGUCAACCCACAAUAAGUUCAUCCACCGUUGUCAUUUAA